AUGGAUGACAAGACCGUGCCGUCGGCGUCUGUCGAGGCGCCUGCCGCGUCUGUGCCUGCAGAGACCGCUGAUGAGUCCUGGCAGCCCAGCUCUUCGCGCCUCAUGCGGUUCUACUCCCAUCCAUGGACGCAGAUCGGCCUCAUCAGCUUCAUCUUCUUCUGUCUUCCCGGGAUGUACAAUGCGCUCGGCGGUCUCGGCGGCUCCGGCCAGGUCGACUCGACCGUAUCGGCCAACGCAACGGUGGCGCUGCUCUCGGCCACCGCAGCCACUGCGCUCUUCUUUGUCGGGCCCAUCUUCACGUUUGUGGGCCCGCGCAUCUGCUUCCUGGUCGGCGGCUGGACGUAUGCGCUGUACAGCGGCUCGCUGCUCUGCUUCAACCACCGGGCCAACGGAUCGUUUGUCAUUGCAGCCGGUGCGCUUCUCGGCAUCGGCGCCUCUUUUGUGUGGAUCGUGCAGGGUGCCAUCAUGACGACGUACGUGCCCGAGGCACAAAAGGGCCGCGCCAUUGCCGUCUUCUGGAUCGUCUUCAACCUCGGCGGUGGCAUCGGCUCGCUGGCCUCGUUCGGCCUCAACUUUCACUCGAAGAAGGGCACCGUGUCAGACUCGACGUACAUUGCCCUCAUGGUCAUCAUGCUCUUCGGCUGGCUGCUGGGCGUCUUCAUCUGCGACCCGAAGCGUGUCCGCCUGGCUCAGCUGCAUGCUGCCAGCGAGACCGAGCGCACUUCCGUCCUCGACACCGUCCGUAUCGCCGUCCAGACCAUUGCCAGCUGGCGCGUUCUCUGCAUGCUGCCGCUCUUCUUCUGUGCCAACAUCUUUUACUCGUACCAGCAGAAUGACGUGAACGGGCUCACGUUCAACAUCCGCAGCCGCUCGCUCAACGGCGCCCUCUACUGGAUGGCCCAGAUGGUCGGCGGCCUCGUCAUCGGCAUGCUGCUCGACAUGCCCUGGUUCGGCCGUCCGGUGCGCGCCCGCUGCGGCUGGGUCGUACUCUUCGUCACCGGCAUGGCCAUCUGGGGCGGCGGUUAUGCCUUCCAGAAAUGGGACAACGUUCGUCUGGCCGCCGGCCACAAGCAGGACCUCGACUACACCGAUGGCAAGGUCGCCACAGGCCCUAUCUUCCUCUACAUAUUCUACGGCUUGUACGACGCCCUCUGGCAGGGCUUCUGCUACUGGCUUAUCGGCACAGAGUCCAACAGCACCGGCCGCGCUGCCGUCCUUGUCGGCGCCUACAAGACCUUCCAGAGUGCUGGUGGUGCCUUUGCCUGGCGCAUCAACGCCUUGCACCGCAGCGGCAUGACCCAGCUGGCCAUCGACUGGGGCUUGUGCAUGGGCAGCCUGGUCAUCGUCCUGCCAACCGUGUUGACGGUCAAGACGCACACCAGCAUCGAGCAGGAGGCCGGCUUUCUGCCAUCCGACACUAAGGAUGGCCAGUAUGUCGCCGAAGAAGCCGGCGACGUCGAGGCAAAAUGA